GCGCAGUGACAUCAGCCACCACGCACACGCGCACCGGCAGCAGCAGCAGCAUUCGGUUUCCCUGGCAGCGGCAGGAGGAGGAGCUUCAGCUGACGGUUUACAUGCUAUGCCACAUAGCCAACAACAAAGAUACAUCUACGUCAACGGCGAUCACGGCUAUAACAGGCCCUGUGGCCAUGGCUAAAGACCCAUUGGCCGAGGCUGGCUUUUACUUUGAUGAACUCAAUAAGCUUCGGGUGCUGGAGCCUGAUGUCAGCCAGAAGACCUCAGAGCUCAAGGAAGAGUGCAAAGAAUUUGUGGACAAAAUUGGCCAGUUUCAGAAGAUAGUGGGAGGUCUAAUUGAGCUGGUGGAUGAAUUGGCAAAAGAAGCAGAAACAGAGAAGAUGAAGGCAAUUGGGGCCAGAAACCUGCUGAAGUCAGUUGCAAAGCAAAGAGAGGCUCAACAGCAGCAGCUUCAGGCUCUCAUAGCUGAGAAGAAGAUGCAGCUGGAGAGGUAUCGUAUUGAGUAUGAGGCCUUGUCUAAAGUGGAGUCAGAGCAGAACGAGUUCAUCGACCAGUUUAUUCUGCAGAAGUGAGGUUGUAAGCGAGACAGAGAAAAUGUCUGUGACCAUAUUCCCAGAGUGCCUGUCCUGUUUUCUCUGGCCAAUGAUAUCCCCGCCAGAGAAUGACUCUGCUGCAACUCCUUUUCUGAAGCAAUCCCAAAGCUCCAACAUCAUCCUAAAACAUCUACAUCCCAUCGGUACAUCUUUUUUCAGACAUACCUGUGUGCGAAGCAACAGCCAGCUGCCUGCUGUGGUUGUUCCUACCCUGGUCAGCAGGUGUGACGACUAACAGUGAUGUAAGCUUGAAUAUUUUUGGAACAUGAAGUUCUGUACACACCAAAUGUCUCAUCAUCUCAGACCAACAUCAAAGAAGAUGGAGCUAUUUAUACAAAGGAAUAUUAUUUAUACUAUUUAUACUGAAGAAUUACUCUGUAUAUCUAGUUUUACUACUUUUUGUAUCAAUUGAAAUACUGCAUGUGCAUGCUUCUGUUAAUACAUUUGAUUUUAGUAGAAAAAAAUUUGAUAUCUGGAUUUGAUCAUGUGUUAUUUUUGCUUUAAUUUCAUUCUUCUGGUACAACCAGUGUGUGGGCAGACCACACAAGGAAUACAUUCUCUUCUUCUUCAAAUACAUUUCUUAUUUCUGUUAUGUGAAGCAUUGUCCUUCAUGUAUUAACCUAGAUGACUAAAGGUUAUACUUGAAUAAAUACUGUAUUAAAUUGUACGAUAAAAUGUGCCAUUUGUGUUGUCAAUACAGUGACUAAAAAUGUAUUCACCCCCUUG